AUGAGAGUGGGAAGGGGAGGAAAAAGGAUUGGUGAGACACUUGAAGAGUUGGAGCGGAAGAAGGAUUUGAGAGAGGAGCAGGGGGUAGCGAUAGUGAUUGGCGGCAGCAAGGAGUCGAGGGAAUGUCGAGUCCUUCCAACGAGGAUCCCAGAUCCUCCAUUGCAUUGGCUGGAAGAAGAGAGCGCUUCCGGAUACCCAUCGUAA